AUGCUCCUCCACUGGCUGGCCCUACUCCUGGCAUUCUCCAUUCCGCUAUACUCCAAGAUUCCAAGACAUCCGAGGAAUUGGCACCUUAAACACCAGCAACAUCCUAAAAAUUGGAACACUAAAAGCCAGCCACACCCGAAGAAUUGGAAUAUUAAGCAUCAUCAACAACAACUGCGACGACAGCGAAGGGCACCCCAUUGGGACAUCAUCAAACCGCACGGUGGACACAUACGGCUGACUCCGAUACCAAUCAAAAAGGAGCGCUUUUGCGAUCGAAUUCAAAUCGGUAAUCUCGUGUUCAGCAACGUCGCCAAGUCGAUGUCCAGGCAGAUGAGGAGGAUAUUCUGCGAGUUAAAUUUCCGGAAGCGAGGCUGGAAAGUCGACGCCAACACGUUCAUCAUCAGUGAGAAAAAUCGCCCUGCGUGCAUAGUACGCGCCCGGAGAUUUUUACGCGGAAAUUGGUGGAAGCCGAAGAAUAAACGAAUAAUAUUAUGGAGGGAUCCGGUCGACAGAUUCGUCUCGAUGUAUGGACAUUUAUGCCAUGGCCUCCAAAUCUGUGGAAAAGCCGCCGAAUCCGUCCACACCGCCGCGAAAAGCUUCUACAAAAUCCUAAAAGAUGGAAAGUAUCCUGCUGGAGUCAAGGACCGGGCUAAUCUACGCCAUCAUAUCGUCCCUACUACAUGGUACUGUGGAAUCGGCGAGGAGCCCAAGAAGUACAUACCAAUCGAAUACACCCUGGACUCAAAGAAGAUGAUCAGCAGAUUGCGGCCGCAUUUUCGGCAUAGUGGGAUUUCUGGGAAAUGGAUUGAUACUGCCCUCUCACGGCUCCUAACGACAAACAAUAACAAAUACCGAAAGCUUCCGGAAUUUGCCGGAAUCCGCGAGGGAUGGAUGCGGGAUGUCUUUAGCAAUCGAACGACAAUGUCCUAUAUUAUUGCCGCGUACUAUUAUGAUUAUCGGCUUUUCGGGAAACCGCUGCCAAAAUUGCCACCAAAA